ACACCCACAAUUAAAGAUGAACUUUGUGUGAACUAAUUUAUCUGAGGGAGGAGAAGGUAGCCGGCUGCCCGCAGCCCUGGCGGCCUAUAAAAGCCGCCGGAUGAGCAGCCCGGAGCCUCAGUGUCUGACAGAUCACCUGAACCGAGCGUCGUUCCCGGGAAGAAGCUGCAAGCAUGGCUCUGAGUGCGCUGCUCGCGACCUUCCUGUGCACCAUCGUGCUGCCGGUCCUGCUGUUUCUGGUGGCGGUGAAGCUGUGGGAGGUUUACACGAUCCGCGGACGAGACCCCGGCUGCCCGAGCCCGCUGCCCCCCGGGUCCAUGGGGUUGCCCUUCAUAGGGGAGACGCUGCAGCUCAUCCUCCAGAGGAGAAAGUUCCUGCGGAUGAAGCGGCAGAAGUACGGCUACGUCUACCGCACGCACCUCUUCGGGAGCCCCACGGUGCGCGUCAGCGGCGCGGACAACGUCAGGCAGAUCCUGCUGGGCGAGCACAAGCUCGUGUCCGCGCAGUGGCCCGCGUCCGUGCGCGCCAUCCUCGGGUCGGACACGCUGUCGAACCUGCACGGAGCCCAGCACAAGACCAAGAAAAAGGCCAUGAUGCGGGCCUUCUCCAGGGAGGCUCUGGAGCUCUACAUCCCCAUAAUCCAGGAGGAGGUGCGUGCUGCUGUGGACGGCUGGCUGGCCACGGACCCCUGCACGCUGGUCUACCCAGAGAUGAAGCGGCUCAUGUUCCGCAUAGCCAUGAGGAUCCUGCUGGGCUUCGAGCCCGAGCAGAUCCAGCGGGACCAGCAGCAGCUGGUGGAGGCUUUUGAGGAAAUGAUCAAGAAUCUGUUCUCUCUGCCCAUCGAGGUGCCGUUCAGCGGACUGUACAGGGGUCUGAAGGCGAGGAACUUCAUCCACUCCAAGAUCGAGGAGAACAUCAAGAAGAAGGUGCAGGAGUCCGACACGGGGUCCAACCACAGAGAUGCUCUGCAGCAGCUCAUAGACAGCAGCAAGCAGAGCGGGGAGCCCUUCAGCAUGCAGGCCAUCAAGGAGUCUGCUACCGAGCUGCUGUUUGGGGGCCAUGAAACCACAGCCAGCACGGCCACGUCUCUGCUCAUGUUCCUGGGCCUGAACCCGGAGGCCGUGGAUAAACUGAGGCAGGAGCUGAAGGACAAGGAGGAGCAGGGCAUAGACAUCCACAGCCUGAACAUCGAGCGUCUGGAGCAGCUGAAGUACACGGAGUGCGUCAUCAAGGAGACGCUGAGGCUCAACCCUCCGGUUCCCGGGGGAUUCCGGGUGGCCCUCAAGACCUUCAAACUCGGCGGCUACCAAAUCCCCAAAGGCUGGAACGUCAUCUACAGCAUCUGCGACACCCACGACGUGGCCGAGAUCUUCCCCAACAAGGAGGACUUCCAGCCGGAGCGCUUCAUGGCCAAGCCGCCGGCCGACUCCUCCAGGUUUCAGUACAUCCCGUUCGGGGGCGGCUCCAGGAUGUGCGUUGGGAAAGAAUUCGCCAAGGUGCUGCUGAAGGUCCUCCUGGUGGAGGUGGUCACAAAGUGCCACUGGACUCUCCUCAAUGGGCCGCCCACCAUGAAGACCGGACCGACCGUCUAUCCUGUGGACAAUCUGCCAACCAAGUUCACCAGUUACGCGCAAAACUCGGUGUAAGGACUGCGUUUCCUAAAGUGUCAUUUAAGGUUUUCCAAAAGUCUAAAAUCAUGUGUUUCUCCUCCCCAUCUGGAGGGAACUGUAAUCAAGGCACUUGGAGGUUUUGGAAGCACUCGAGUAUUUUUAGGAGAUACAAAAGACCGAAAAAGUGUCAAUGCAGCUUGUUUGGCAUGAAUUGUAAAUAUUUUAGAUGAUUUGAAAAUGUUUUUUUUUUACAUUUUAUAUGCUCAUGAAUGCCUUGGAUUUGUAUAUAUGAAUAAACAAGAUGCACUAUCCACAUACAUGGAAGACUUUAUUCAGCUCAGAGGUGUGUCUAUAGGGUUGUGUAUAUAAACUGGAGUCUGUAUCUGAUCCCAUCUUAUUUAAGUGACUUGUUUUUAUUGUAUGGGCUUUUAUUUAAUAAAAGUGUUAUGGGGUAAAUUUCUUCUCUAUUUUCAUUCAAACAUCCACAUACACACACAGUGGGCUGCUGACUCACACCUGAAGAGAAAGA